AGAGGCCGGGCAGACACCAGGACGGAGGGCUGCCGGCCAUGGCGCCCGCGGCCCCCUCCGCCUGCAGCCCCCGCCCGCCCGGGCGCCCCCAAACUGCGCCCCGGAGCCCGCGGAGCCGCUGCCCGCCUGGAGGGUCAAGGUGGAAGGUCCGAAGGCUGGGGAAGACCCUCGAAGGCAGCCCUUUAGGUCUUCCUUUCCUUUCCUAGAGACUGCUCAGGACUCACCCCUAAGGAGCCCGUGGGAAGCCUCCGUAACCUGAUGCUUGCCUCAAGAGUAGACUGUUUUCACCAGAACAUGUUGAGCUCUAAUAUGAUCAUCAGCGACCCCGCUUCAGAGCUCAGUGCCAAAGAAGCCAGCAGGACUGGCAGGAGGCUGCUCGGCGGCAUUCCCAACUCCUGCCCUCCUGCCCGCGGCGGGGCCCGGCACAAGUCCCUCAGCAUAAAGGACAAGAUAUCAGAAUGGGAGGGGAAAAAGGAGUCGCCCACGCCAGCGCCUGCACCUGGCAGGAAAGCAGACGGGCAGGAGGAUUACCUGCCGCCCUGUGUGAUGAAGAGAGGUAGUGACGGUGUGAGGACGCGGGUCACGGAGGCUCAGAACGGAGCGAGGUCGGACGCAGAGAGCAAAGAGAACGAGCGGAAUAAAGGGGCAGUGGACGUCGGGGCACAGGACGCAGGGCGGAGGCUCGACGGCAGCCAGCCAGCCAGGGAGCCGGCUCCCAGCUCGGGCAGAGGCCGGGAGCCGAGGCUUGGCAAACAGCGCUUUCAGAAUGAUAACCUGUCUGUGCUGAAGCAGGUCAAGAAACUUGAGCAGGCUCUGAAGGAUGGGUCGGCAGGGUUGGAUCCCCAGUUACCAGGGACGUGUUAUUCCCUGCACUGCCUGCCAGACAAGGCGGAGGACGGGCCCACCCUACCUGAGAACCGUGGGGGCGCGAGUGGCUCAGAAUCCAGGUCCCACCACUUGGAUCUGGAAGCCAGAGAGCCCGCCCUUGGGCCUCCGGAGGGGAGGAGAGGCUCGUACGGAAGGCCCUGGGAGCAGAGCCUGGAGAGUGUAUACAGGGGCUUCCCCUCAAAACCCUUCAUCAACCCCCUGCCCAAACCGCGGAGGACGUUCAAACACGAUGGAGAAGGGGACAAGGAUGGGAAACCAGGCAUCAGCUUCAGGAAAGAUAGAAGGAACCUGCCUCCUCUGCCCUCUCUACCUCCCCCGCCCCUGCCCUCCUCUCCCCCACCUGCCUCUGUGAACAGAAGACUGUGGAACGGGAGACCGAAACCCAGUGCGGACCACAGAAAGUCCUAUGAGUUUGAAGACCUGCUGCAGUCUUCGUCUGAGAACAGCAGGGUGGACUGGUACGCGCAGAGUAAGCUGGGGCUGACACGUACUUUAUCGGAGGAGAACGUCUAUGAAGAUAUCCUCGACCCGCCAAUGAAGGAAAACCCUUACGAGGACGUUGAAUUACAUGGUCGCUGCCUGGGGAAGAAGUGCGUCUUGAACUUUCCUGGUUCUCCCACCUCUUCUAUCCCUGACACGCCCACCAAGCAUUCCUUCUCCAAACCUGCUUUUUUCCGGCAAAAUUCAGAGAGGAGGAACUUCAAACUGCUGGACGCUAGGAAGCUGAGUCGUGAUGGAGCUGGGUCCCCUUCCAAACUCAGCCCCCCCUCCACCCCCAGCAGCCCUGACGACACUUUCUUUAACAUUGGAGAGCUGCAGAAUGGCCGGAAGAAGAGAAAGAUACCCAAGCUGGUGUUGCGAAUCAAUGCCAUUUAUGAGGCCCGGAGAGGAAAGAAACGGGUGAAGAGACUGUCCCAGUCAACGGAGAGCAACUCAGGAAAAGUAACGGAUGAGAACAGUGAGUCUGACAGUGACACCGAGGAGAAGCUGAAAGCUCACAGCCAGCGCCUGGUCAGUGUGAAGUCGCGCCUGAAGCAGGCCCCAAGAUACCCGUCACUGGCCCGGGAGCUCAUCGAGUUCCAGGAGAGACAGCUCUUCGAGUACUUUGUGGUCGUGUCAUUGCACAGGAAGCAGGCCGGGGCCCCCUAUGUGCCAGAGCUCACCCAGCAGUUCCCUCUGAAGUUGGAAAGGUCGUUCAAGUUCAUGAGAGAGGCUGAGGACCAGCUAAAGGCGAUCCCCCAAUUCUGUUUCCCUGAUGCCAAGGACUGGACUCCCGUCCAGCAGUUUACCAGUGAGACGUUCUCAUUUGUCUUAACUGGUGAAGAUGGGAGCAGAAGGUUCGGUUAUUGCCGAAGACUACUGCCUGGUGGCAAAGGGAAGCGUCUCCCUGAAGUUUACUGUAUCGUGAGCCGCCUGGGAUGCUUCAGUCUCUUUUCAAAGAUCUUAGACGAGGUGGAGAAACGACGAGGCAUCUCUCCUGCCCUGGUGCAGCCCCUCAUGAGAAGUGUCAUGGAAGCGCCUUUCCCAGCCCUGGGCAAAACCAUCGUGGUCAAGAACUUCUUGCCAGGAUCAGGAACUGAGGUGAUCGAGCUGUGCCGCCCGCUGGACUCCCGGCUCGAACACGUGGACUUUGAGUCUCUCUUCUCUUCUCUCAGCGUCCGUCACCUGCUCUGUGUUUUUGCCUCCCUGCUUCUGGAAAGGAGGGUCAUCUUCAUCGCAGACAAGCUCAGCACGCUGUCCAAGUGCUGCCACGCGAUGGUGGCAGCCAUCUACCCCUUCACCUGGCAGCACACCUACAUCCCCGUCCUGCCACCAGCCAUGAUUGACAUCGUGUGCUCGCCCACCCCCUUCCUCAUCGGGCUGCUCACCAGUUCACUGCCGCUGCUCAGGGAGCUGCCGCUGGAAGAGGUCCUUGUGGUCGACCUUGUUAGCAGUCGGUUCCUCAGGCAGAUGGACGACGAGGAUUCCAUUCUGCCUCGGAAGCUUCAGGUAGCCCUGGAACACAUCCUGGAACAGAGGAAUGACCUGGCUUUGGACCAGGAGGACGGGCCCCCAGGCUGCAAGCAUGGCCCCGAGUCCAGCCCCUUGAACGAGGUGGUGUCUGAAGCCUUUGUCCGCUUCUUCGUGGAGAUCGUGGGCCACUACUCCCUGUUCCUGACGGCGGGCGAGCGUGAGGAGAGGACCCUGCAGCGAGAGGCCUUUCGCAAAGCUGUCUCCUCCAAGAGCCUCCGCCGCUUCCUGGAGGUGUUCAUGGAGACCCAGAUGUUCCGGGGCUUCAUCCAGGAGCGGGAGCUGCGCCGGCAGGAUGCCAAAGGUCUGUUUGAGGUGCGAGCCCAGGAGUACCUGGAAACACUCCCCAGUGGAGAACACAGCGGUGUCAACAAGUUCCUGAAGGGACUGGGCAACAAAAUGAAGUUUCUCCAUAAGAAAUAACCCUCAGCCCAGCCUCAAAGGAAAACUUUGUCCUGGAGCGAACAGAGCAACCACCACGUUUUAAAAACAGUCCUGGGGGCCUUUCUGACCCGUUGAGUCCUCAGUUGUCACAGGUGCUGGGAAAAGGCCAGGAUGGUCCCCAGGCCCCAGGGCCCCAGAGCUGCCACAUAAGUGCCUCGUCUUCAGAACAGCACCCGAAGGGGACCUGAGACCAGGCAUGUCGCCGACGUUCAGAUGGAUUGUUUGGGUUGUUGAUUUGGGGAUUUUUGAUUUUUUUAAAGCUUAGAUAUUAAACAAAGGAAAAGUGUUUGGGUUUUCUUUUUAUUAUGUCAGGGCUAAGAAAACUCGAUCCUGCCCUGUGUCCUCUUUCCCGGGCUUAUUCUGCCUGGCAGCCGAGAAGGGAGGAGGAGACGGGAAGGGGCAGCGACCAGGGACUUACCACCAACGCUGUCCUCUGGGCGCAGCUGGGGACAAAUGCGAGUGUCAGAGAGGAGGGCUGUGGUGUCGCCUCAGACACUCUGCCCACAGGUUUCAAGGCCCAAGUCCCCUGGGGAAAGGACUGGCCUUUCUGUGGACUAGUGAGAGCUGGGCUCCAAAGAUUUGGCUCCCUGGGAUGAGCUGCGCUUCCAGAGAGGCCAGUGAUGCCACCUGGUGGCCCAGGCUGUUCUUGUCGCACCACCGACUGCUCUCCUCCCAAUGGACCUGACUUCUUUUCUCUCAGAUGCCACAGAAACGUCCACUACCUGAGCCAUCCAUAACUUUCGAGGUACACACAAAAAGAGGAAAUCGUCAGAUCUGUUAAUAAAUGUUCUUAGGGUCCCAAAGUUCACGAGCAUGGAGUAUCACAGAGCUCAUCUUAAAACGCACAAGCCAUGGCUUUGGCCCUAUUCCCGUUUAUCCCCAUGACAUGGUUCCAUCUGGCUGUAAGGGCCCAGGUCAGCAUAACCAAAUCAGGACAUGGAUAAACGGAGGGGCGGCCGUUACCGGUCUUCACAAGAGGGGGCGCUUCAUUAGACUUGCACAGCCGUCAAGGCGAUGGCCUCCUGUGGACCGUGGCCGGGGCAGGAAGGUGCAGGAGACGGCCACAUUCCCAGUGCGCUCCUGCCAGGGCCCCAGCGCAAGGCAGGGGGCGAACGGCGGGCGGCGGCACAGGCCCGUUCUCAGCAGACUCUGCGGCCCCCACCAAGGCCCACCUCCCGCUGCCCAUCCACUAGCGCAUCCCCUCCGAUGGCACCAGCCGCCCCGGGGAAAACGCACACAAGCCGUGUGCUCUGAUCCUGGCAGUGGCCUAGGGGCCUGUGCCACCUGGUGGAGGUUCUUAACCUGUGGGGAAUCGGGAGAAAGGAUUCUUCUGGGAAAAAGCUGAGGAGGUUGACCUGUCAUUGCACAUUAGGGGUUCUUCCCUGGAGUCAUGGACCAUCUCUCCCCAAACGUAUCCAA